AUGAAGUUGCGACUUGGGCUCCUAAAUAAAGAUAUUGCUUUUCGUUUUAGUGUCUGUGAAAGUGUAAUAUCCAGAGUUUUGAGAAAUUGGCUGCCAAACCUAGCAACUUAUUUACAACCGUUAAUAAAAUGGCCUAAUAAAUGUGUAAUAAGAAGUAACCUGCCAGAGUGUUUUAAAAAGAAAUUUAGAGACUGUGUGUGUAUAAUUGACUGCUAUGAGAUUUUUAUUGAGAGACCAUCAAAUCUAACAACUCGAGCUCAAUCAUGGUCAAAUUACAAACACAACAAUACAAUUAAACAUUUAAUAGGAAUCAGUCCAACAGGUGCAAUUACUUUCUUGUCUGGUGGUUGGGGAGGCAGAGUUUCAGACAAAGAGCUAACAAAUCAAUCGGGCUUUCUCAAAUAUAUAUAUUUUGGAGAUUGCAUUUUAGCAGAUAGGGGAUUCCUAAUUAAAGAUGAGCUUGCAAAGAAAGGAGCAAACCUUUACAUUCCAGCAUUUUUAAAAGGAAAACAACAGUUAAGUCCGCAAGAAGUUGGAACUUCAAGACAACUGUCAAAUGUAAGAAUACAUGUUGAACGCAUUAUUGGCAGAGUAAAACAAUUUAGAAUUUUACAAACCACUGUUCCAAUUAAACAAAUAGAUCUUUUAGAUGAUAUAAUGGUCGUGAUAUCAGCCCUUGUUAAUUUAAAGAAAAGUAUUAUCAAGUAA